AACACUCUCUCAUUUCGUUAGAUGUCGCAAGGGUAGGUGGUCACAAUCGCUAACACAUUUGACGUCGUUGCUGUAAUCUAAAAUUGAUGCCGGAUUUAAUAUCCGAAAUCAUCGCUUAAUAUAUUAAUUUAAAAACGGAAUAGUCUUUAAAAGAUAUGAAACGGUAAUUAGGAUGUAUUUGUACAACUUAACUCUUCAGAAAGCCACCGGCAUUACAAGUGCCGUCCACGGCAACUUCUCUGGUGGCAAACAGCAAGAAGUUCUUAUAUCACGUGGAAAAUCAUUAGAGUUGGUGCGACCGGAUCCUAAUACAGGGAAAGUUCAUACAAUUUUAUCUACUGAAAUAUUCGGAUGCAUUCGCGCUCUUAUGGCUUUCCGUUUAACUGGUGGUACAAAAGAUUAUAUAGUUGUCGGUUCUGAUUCCGGUCGAAUAGUAAUAUUAGAGUAUAACCCAACCAAAAAUGCUUUUGAAAAUAUCCAAAAAGAAACUUUUGGCAAGUCGGGAUGCCGUCGAAUCGUCCCCGGUCAAUACUUUGCAAUAGACCCAAAAGGACGUGCUGUUAUGUUAGGUGCUAUUGAAAAGCAGAAGUUGGUUUACCUUUUGAAUAGAGAUCCUCAAGCCCGACUAACAAUCUCAUCACCGUUAGAGGCUCAUAAAUCAAAUACACUAACAUAUCAUAUGGUUGGGGUUGAUGUUGGAUUCGAUAAUCCUCUAUUCGCUUGCUUAGAAAUUGAUUACGAGGAAGCUGAUAAUGAUCCCACAGGCGAAGCUACACAGCGCACACAGCAGACAUUAACAUUUUACGAAUUGGACUUGGGUCUAAAUCACGUGGUGCGAAAAUAUUCUGAACCGUUGGAAGAACAUGCAAAUUUUUUAAUUUCUGUUCCUGGUGGCAAUGACGGUCCAUCGGGAGUAUUAAUUUGCUCUGAAAACUAUUUAACAUAUAAAAACCUUGGUGAUCAGCACGAUAUCCGUUGUCCCAUACCUCGACGCAGAAACGAUUUAGAUGAUCCAGAACGGGGCAUGAUUUUUAUUUGUUCUGCAACUCAUCGCACAAAAAGUAUGUAUUUCUUUUUAGUGCAAACAGAACAAGGAGAUAUAUUUAAAGUAACUUUGGAAACUGACGAUGACGUUGUUUCUGAAAUCAAAUUGAAGUACUUCGAUACUGUUCCACCAGCAAUAUCUAUGUGUGUUUUAAAAACUGGUUUUCUGUUUGUUGCAGCCGAAUUUGGCAAUCAUUACUUAUAUCAGAUUGCGCAUCUAGGUGAUGACGAUGAAGAACCAGAAUUCAGUUCUGCAAUGCCAUUGGAGGAAGGUGAAACAUUUUUUUUCGCACCUCGCCAACUAAAAAAUUUAGUAAUGGUUGAUGAAUUGCCAUCGUUCGCACCAAUUAUUGCUUCACAAGUUGCUGAUUUGGCCAAUGAAGAUACACCACAAUUAUACUUACUUUGCGGACGUGGCUCCCGAUCUAGUAUGAGAGUUUUACGGCAUGGAUUAGAAGUAUCUGAAAUGGCAGUUUCUGAAUUACCUGGCAAUCCUAAUGCCGUAUGGACAGUUAAGAAACGAGUAGACGAUGAAUAUGAUGCGUACAUCAUUGUUUCAUUUGUGAAUGCAACAUUGGUGUUAAGCAUCGGAGAAACUGUGGAAGAAGUAACAGACAGUGGCUUUCUAGGAACAACUCCAACUCUUAGUUGUUCGUCCUUAGGCGAUGAUGCCUUGGUCCAAGUAUAUCCAGAUGGUAUUCGGCAUAUCAGAUCAGAUAAACGUGUAAAUGAAUGGAAAGCACCAGGAAAGAAAUCUAUUACUAAAUGUGCAGUAAACCAACGCCAAGUAGUUAUCACUUUAUCGGGAAGGGAACUAGUGUGCUUUGAAAUGGACGCAACUGGAGAACUGAAUGAAUACACUGAAAGAUCAGAAAUGCCAUCUGAAAUUAUGUGCAUGGCAUUAGGAACAGUUCCGGAAGGUGAACAGCGUUCAUGGUUCCUUGCUGUUGGUCUUGCUGAUAAUACUGUACGAAUUAUAUCACUUGAUCCUAACGACUGUCUUUCACCUUGCUCUAUGCAAGCUUUGCCAUCCCCGGCUGAAUCACUUUGUUUGGUUGAAAUGGGACAUACUGAAAGUACAGCAAAUACUGUGAACGAAGAAAAUGUGGAACGAGCUAGCGCUCCUACAAAAGCCACGAUUUAUUUAAAUAUUGGACUUAGCAAUGGUGUAUUGUUGCGAACUGUAUUAGAUCCAGUAUCCGGAGAUUUAUCGGACACACGCACUAGAUAUUUGGGUUCACGUCCAGUUAAACUUUUCCGUAUAAGAAUGCAAGGUUCUGAAGCAGUGUUGGCAAUGUCAAGUCGAACAUGGCUUUCUUAUUAUCAUCAAAGUAGAUUUCACUUAACUCCAUUAUCCUAUGAAACUCUCGAAUUCGCUUCGGGAUUUUCAAGUGAACAAUGUAAUGAAGGUAUCGUUGCGAUAUCGACAAAUACCCUACGAAUUCUGGCACUAGAAAAGUUAGGAGCAGUAUUUAAUCAGAUGGCAUAUCCUCUCGAAUAUACACCACGUACAUUUGUUAUACAUCCAGAUACUGGACGCAUAAUAAUUGCAGAAACAGAUCAUAAUGCCUACACUGAAGAAACAAAAACAGCAAGGAAACAGCAAAUGGCUGAAGAAAUGAGAAAUGCAGCCGGAGAUGAGGAAAGAGAACUAGCUAACGAAAUGGCAAAUGCUUUUAUAAAUGAAGUUCUACCAGAAGAGGUGUUUUCAGCUCCAAAAGCAGGUGUUGGUUUAUGGGCUUCUCAGAUUCGAGGAUUAGAGCCCAUUCAGGGUCAAACUCUGUUUAAAAUACCUAUAAUUCAGAAUGAAGCCAUUGUAUCUAUGACCAUUCUUAAAUUUAGUAUAGCUGCCGAUGGUCGAUAUUAUUUGGCUGUUGGAAUUGCUAAAGAACUACAAUUGAAUCCACGAAUUUCUAAUGGUGGUUUCAUUGAUAUCUAUAAAAUUGACCCUACAUGCUCUGCCCUGGAAUUUUUACAUCGUACUGAAGUUGAAGAAAUACCAGGAGCAUUAUGUGGAUUUCAAGGUCGUCUAUUAGCCGGUUGCGGACGCAUAUUGCGUAUAUAUGAUUUGGGAAAGAAAAAACUUUUGAGAAAAUGUGAAAAUAAACAUAUUCCUUAUCAAAUAGUUAAUAUUCAAUCAAUGGGACAUCGCAUAUAUGUAUCUGAUGUGCAAGAAUCUGUUUUUUUUAUUCGUUAUCGUAGAGCAGAGAAUCAACUGAUUAUUUUUGCCGAUGACACCCAUCCACGUUGGGUUACUGCAACAACUCUACUUGAUUAUGAUACUAUUGCAAUUGCUGAUAAAUUUGGCAAUAUGAGUAUUCAACGUUUACCGCAUUCUGUAACAGACGAUGUAGACGAAGACCCAACUGGAACAAAAUCGCUUUGGGAUCGAGGUUUACUAUCCGGAGCUUCUCAAAAGUCUGAAAAUAUUUGCUCCUUUCACGUUGGUGAGAUUAUCAUGUCUCUGCAGAAAGCAACUCUUAUUCCUGGGGGAUCUGAGGCACUUAUUUAUGCUACACUGAGUGGAACAGUGGGAGCAUUUGUACCUUUUACAAGUCGUGAAGAUUAUGACUUUUUCCAACACUUGGAAAUGCAUAUGCGAAAUGAGAAUCCACCAAUAUGUGGUCGCGAUCAUUUGAGUUAUCGUAGUGCAUACUAUACAGUAAAAAAUGUUUUGGAUGGAGAUUUAUGUGAACAGUAUUUAUCAAUCGAUCCUGCUAAGCAAAAAAGUAUUGCUGCGGAUAUGUUUAGGACACCAAAUCAGAUUUGCAAAAAACUGGAAGAUAUACGAACACGUUACGCCUUCUAAGGUGAAACACACAUGGAUACAUUACAAGACAGAGUGAUCACUUCGAUAUA